AUGCUGUCUAUUAGACCAUCGAGGAGCGCCCUGCGCGCCAUUCACUUAAAGCCAUCACAGAUCACCUCGAGGCAAUUUUCUUCCACACCAAUUCUAGCUGCUCUGUCCCCUCAUCGCCGGUCAACACAGAAAUCCGCAGCUGCAGAAGCCUCAAAACGUGGGCAGAGUACAGCAAGUGCUCCUGCAACGUACGAUCCUCUUAUCUCAGAAGGAAGGCCAAUUCCAAGCCCUGCUUUUAACCAAGACUCUCGUCAAGAUGUAUCACCACUUCAAAACAGACAACACCCUGCAUUGGACGAUUCCUUUGUUGGACUAAGCGGCGGUGAAAUCUUCCAUGAAAUGAUGUUAAGACUGGAUGUCAAGCAUAUCUUUGGCUACCCCGGAGGGGCUAUCUUACCUGUUUUUGAUGCGAUCUAUAACUCGAGACACUUAGAUUUUGUACUCCCACGACAUGAACAAGGCGCUGGUCAUAUGGCACAGGGCUAUGCAAGGGCAUCAGGAAAGCCCGGCGUCGUUCUCGUCACUUCCGGACCCGGAGCGACGAAUGUGGUGACGCCACUGCAAGAUGCUCUUUCGGAUGGCACACCAAUGGUAGUUUUCUGCGGUCAGGUGCCCACAACCGCGAUUGGCACCGAUGCCUUUCAAGAAGCAGAUGUGAUCGGGAUCUCCAGGGCCUGUACUAAAUGGAACGUUAUGGUGAAGAAUGUAGCCGAACUCCCAAGACGCAUCAAGGAGGCCUUUGAAAUUGCAACUAGUGGUCGACCUGGACCUGUUCUCGUUGAUUUACCCAAGGAUGUAACCGCCGGAAUUCUGCGAAAGCCGAUUCCAAUGACCUCUUCUCUGCCUUUACACCCCAGUGCCGCAACCAUCGCUGCGCGUGAGUUGAGCCAAAAACAUAUGGAAGCCACCGUCAAACGUGUGGCCGACUUGGUAAACGGCGCCAAGAAGCCUGUCCUCUACGUUGGCCAGGGUCUUCUUGCUCGCCCUGACGGUCCAGCCCUUCUCAAAGAAUUAGCUGAUAAGGCCUGUAUCCCUGUAACGACUACAUUACAAGGCCUUGGUGGUUUUGACGAGCUUGAUUCGAAAUCGCUGCACAUGCUUGGUAUGCACGGAUCAGCGUAUGCUAACAUGGCAAUGCAAGAGGCGGAUUUGAUCAUUGCCCUGGGUGCACGAUUUGAUGAUCGUGUUACCGGUAAUAUCGCAAAGUUUGCUCCACAGGCUAAAGCUGCUGCUCAAGAAGGCCGUGGUGGCAUUGUACAUUUUGAAGUUAUGCCGAAGAACAUUAACAAAGUUGUUGAGGCUACAGAAGCAGUUGAGGGCGACUGCGCUGAAAAUCUUGCCCUUCUUAUUCCUCAGGUUAAACCAGUUUCAGAACGAAUUGAAUGGUUUGCUCAGAUCAACGACUGGAAAACUCGAUUCCCCUUGUCCUUGUAUGAGAAACAAACCCCUGAAGGUCUGAUUAAACCACAAUACGUCAUUGAAAAACUUAGCGACCUCACAUCUCAUAUGAAAGAUCGUACCAUCAUCACAACUGGCGUAGGCCAGCAUCAAAUGUGGGCAGCUCAGCAUUUCAGGUGGAGGCACCCUCGCACAAUGAUCACUUCUGGUGGCCUUGGUACAAUGGGUUACGGAUUGCCAUCAGCUAUAGGCGCAAAGGUUGCCCGCCCAGAUUGUUUGGUCGUUGACAUUGAUGGCGACGCGUCGUUUAAUAUGACCCUUACUGAAUUGUCAACUGCUGCUCAAUUCAAUAUCGGAAUUAAGGCGCUCGUCUUGAAUAAUGAAGAACAGGGUAUGGUUACUCAAUGGCAAAGCCUGUUCUACGAAGACCGCUUUGCCCACACCCAUCAAAAGAACCCCGACUUUGUUAAAUUGUCAGAGGCUAUGGGAGUACAAGCGAGACGGUGUUCAAAACCAGAAGACGUUGAGUCAAGUCUCAAAUGGCUCCUUGAGAGUGAUGGACCUGCUCUACUGGAAGUAUUUACGGAUAAAAAAGUCCCUGUCCUGCCUAUGGUGCCGGCCGGCAAGGCUUUGCAUGAAUUUUUGGUAUACGAUGAAGCCAAAGAGAAGGAAAGAAAAGCUUUAAGGAAAAAACGAUCUGGACACUAA